AUGACUCCCACUUCGUCUCCCAGGGCGACACCUCUCAUACCAGAGGAAGACAUCCUCUCAAAGGUCCUCCUGCGCCAUUCAAAUGGCGCAUCAACAUUCAUCGUUCCGUGGUGGCGACUCGAGAAGAGAAAAGAUGGGAUGCUAGUCCGACAGUACGCGGAUGCAAAAAGCGAGGUCCUGACUGCCGACUUUAAGGUGGCGCGGAUGUGCUUGCUCGAGUAUCUGGACUCAAUCCAGUUCUACAUGAACAGGCUCUUCAUUGAAAUCGACAAGGCGGUUGCUAAGAAGCAAGAGGAGUUCGAUGACGGCCAGAGGAAGAAACUUCUGCACCUCGUCAGGGUUGCAUUCUACAACAUACUGGUAAUGUCAUUAUGGACAUUGUCCUUUCAUCUGCUCACAACUCACUUUCACUUCUACGUCACGCCAGUCAUCUACGCAUUCUUGUACUUUGUGGCUCACGACCUCCUGGGCGCGAGCUGGAAAACUCUUUGGGCCACAAUUUUCACCAUAGCUUCGAAGGAUUCACCGCUCCAGCGGGAACUCACGCACUUGUAAAAGGUCUAAACAAUGCUCGUGAGGACUGGAAUGUGAAGAAGAAUUCCAUGACCAAAACACAUGCGAAGUUGAUGGUAAUGGUCCAGCAAGGUAUGUACUGUGGGGAACUUUACGGAGGGAUGCAUUCUUUUGGGUUGCAGACCAGCGGCUGGAAAUAUCUGCCUCCGAGGCUGAGCCGGCUUUUGUUUAGAGAUGAAGAGACAGCGAGGUUUAUGGACUCGGUUGAUUUUGACUGGGGGGCUCUCUACAAUUGAGAUUCAGCCGGCUGGUGGGAACCGCACUCAACAUAUUGCAAUGAUUUUAAAAGGUCAUAACUGGCAUAUCGGAGAAUGAACUAGGGGAAUUGCGAUAAAGAGGCAAGCUUGGGAUGAUACAGACGGGUCUCCUAUCUAGAUAAGUACCUAACGAAAUG